AUGGUCCACCUUUUUACUUGUUUGAUCCUCUCGACACUCCUUCUCUUGGCUCAGCUCUCCUGCCUCGCCGCGGCCCAGGAGGAAAACUCAACCAAGAACUGUUGCCCGGGAGAUUCCAGCUGCUCUGGAUGUUGGAUGUGCCCCGAGUCUGACCUCCGAAAUUGUUGGGAUGCAGCCGUGCAGGAAAUAGACCAGUGUCACAUAACUGAUGAUCUACCGAAAUCAGCCGAUACAUUUUGUCGUGCCUUUGCCAAACUUGCCCAAUGCUGGUCAGCUGGACGUUGUUGCAGCGAAUACGCCCCACUUCUUGCAGCUGCGACGAAUCUUUGCAACCUGAAAACAUGGAGCCCGCAAUUGAUAACAAGAGAUGAGCUCGAAAAGUUCAUAACCAUCGCCAACGCGACUCGAAACGCGAUCUGGCAUAAUGACUCCGGAGUAGAUGUGCCGAAAUUGACGGUUUCUGUCGAAGCCUAUAAUAAUUCAGUCUCCAGCCAGCCGACCCAACCGAAUUCUUCUGAGAACACAACAAAUCCACAGACCAGCAGCACCACCCAGCACACGUACGCCAAGAAGUCAGCAGACAAAAACAAUCAACCCGAUGAACCUGAGGAAGACAGUGAUCCGAGCGAGGAAUCUGAUUACAGCAGUGACUACGGAGGCGAUGAGGACUCGCCCGAAGUUGAUGACAAUCCACAAGCCAACGAGGAAGAUAAUAAAUCCGCAAAAAAUCAGCAAGAGGGGUGCACGGUUGAGGUGACCAACCGCCCGACCAAAAGAUCUGGACAUUACCACCAGACCCGAUGGAGCAAAACCAAGAAUAGUCUCUCCAGGCGUGUCGAAAACCCUCUCCAUAAACGUGCCAUGCACCGUCACCACAACCUGGACCUGUUCAAGCGUACCGAAGAGGGUGAUGGGGGCUGCGGGCUCGACUUUCAAGGCGUGCCCUACCCUCAACAGGUCCCCGAAACCGUGGCUCACGUCUUUGCUGAACUUUGA